AUGUCUACCGAAUUUAUCACCCAAGAACAAGCGGCAUUUGACUAUGAAGUGUCAGAAGUUAAGAGGUGGUGGAAUACGGAACGUUUUCGUCUCGUAAAACGACCUUACACUGCUGAACAAAUAGUGUCUAAACGAGGUCUCCUUAAGCAACAAUAUGCCUCCGAUACUCAGGCUAAAAAACUUUGGGCAUUAUUAAAGAAGCACCAAAAGAAUGGGACCGCUUCUCAUACAUUCGGUUCCUUAGAUCCCAUUCAAGUAGCACAAAUGGCUAAAUACCUUGAAACGGUGUAUGUUUCUGGCUGGCAAUGUUCUUCAACUGCCUCCACUUCAAAUGAGCCGGGCCCUGAUCUUGCUGACUAUCCAAUGGAUACUGUUCCAAACAAAGUUGAGCAUUUAUUCUUUGCUCAACUCUUCCAUGAUAGAAAACAACGCGAGGCAAGAUUUAGCGUUUCAAAAGAGGCUCGAUUAAAAAUUCCUUUUGUUGAUUAUUUGCGCCCAAUUAUUGCUGAUGCUGAUACAGGCCACGGUGGUAUUACUGCUACGUUAAAACUUGCUAAGAUGUUCGUUGAACGUGUACAUAUCGAAGACCAAGCUCCUGGCACCAAGAAGUGUGGACACAUGGCUGGCAAAGUCUUGGUUCCUAUCUCAGAACAUAUUAAUCGUCUAAUCGCUAUUCGUGUUCAAUUUGACAUUAUGGGGGUCGAAAAUAUAGUCGUUGCACGUACCGAUUCUGAAGCCGCGACUUUAAUUACCUCAAACAUUGACCCACGUGACCAUGCUUUCAUCAUUGGUGUCACUAAUCCCAAACUUGAUUCUCUGGCCAAUUCGUUGAAUAAAGCCCAGGAACAAGGCAAAUACGGAAAUGCACUAGCAGAGAUUGAAGAAAAGUGGACACAAGCAGCUGGUCUCAAAACCUAUCCCAAAGCCAUAUCCGAUGCCAUAAAAGCAUCCAACAAACCAAACAAAGAUAAACUUUUGCGUGAAUGGGAUAAUAAAUCAGCCGGUUUGUCGCACGAAGAUGCAAAAGCACUUGCAAAAUCACUUGGAUUUGAAAUCUUUUGGGAUUGGGAUCUGCCGCGUACGCGUGAAGGAUACUACCGUUAUCAAGGUGGUACUAAAUGUGCUAUCAACCGCGCUUUAGCUUUUGCACCAUAUACGGAUAUAUUAUGGAUGGAAACCAAAAGUCCAAUUUAUGAACAAGCAAAAGAAUUUGCUGAAGGAGUGCUAUCAAAAUAUCCAGAAGCUAUGUUAGCCUAUAACUUGUCUCCAAGUUUUAACUGGGAUGCCGCUGGCAUGAAUAAUGACCAAAUUCGCACCUUUAUUUGGGAUUUGGGAAAGCUUGGAUUUGUGUGGCAAUUCAUUACAUUAGGUGGUUUUCAUUCGGACGCCCUGGGAAUCGAUGUAUUUGCUCGCAAUUAUGCUAAAGAAGGCAUGUUGGCCUACGUCCAAGGUAUUCAAC